AUGUGUUUCGGGGGGCGGGAUAAGAACAAUGGCGAGGCAGCUCGCUCACGCGAACUCGACCGCAUGAUCCGCCAAGACGAGAAGCGCAUGCAGAAAGAAGUCAAGCUGCUGCUUCUAGGCGCUGGAGAGUCUGGGAAAUCGACCAUCUUGAAGCAGAUGAAGCUCAUAUACUCGCAAGGUUUCAACAAGAAUGAACGCUUGGAGUGGAAACCCGUCGUCUUCAGCAACAUCAUUCAGUCGUUCCGCACGAUAUCUGAAGCCAUGACCGAGUUGAAUUAUCACUUUGACAACCCAGACAAUGAGAAACACAUGGCUCAUAUUCUUGUAGAACAUGAAAUCAGUCCAGAGGACAAGCUUCCACAAGAUUAUUUGGGACCCAUCAAGGCCUUAUGGAAGGACGGUGGAGUGAAAAAGGCAAUUGCCAAAGGCAACGAAUAUGCGCUGCACGACAACUUGGCCUAUUUUAUCGAUGACAUGGAUCGCAUAUGGGGCGAUGGAUACGUACCAAACGAUCAGGAUCUUCUUCGCUCACGACUCAGAACCACAGGCAUUACUGAAAGUGUCUUUGAUCUCGGUCAGUUAACGUAUCGAAUGUUCGACGUCGGUGGUCAGCGAUCAGAGCGGAAGAAAUGGAUUCAUUGCUUCGAGAAUGUCCAUUGCCUGCUUUUCUUGGUCGCCAUCAGUGGCUACGACCAGUGUCUCGUAGAAGACAAGGACGGUAAUCAAAUGAAUGAAGCAUUGAUGCUAUGGGAAUCCAUUGCCAACUCUCAUUGGUUCACCAAGUCAGCCAUGAUCCUCUUCCUGAACAAGAUGGACUUGUUCAAGGAGAAGUUACCAAAGAGCCCCAUCAGCAAAUAUGGAUUUACCGACUACCACGGCCCUGAGGAUGACUACAAGGCCGCGAGCAAAUACUUUUUGGAUAAAUUCCGAGCCCUCAGUCGAAACCCUGAGAAGGAAAUCUACGGCCAUUUCACCAAUGCCACCGACACCAAUUUGCUCAAGAUUACCAUGGGCUCCGUGCAAGACAUGAUUAUUCAACGUAAUCUGAAGCAAUUGAUAUUGUGA